CCCGGAUCGCUUGCUGCGGAUGUGUCAGAAUUCGAGCGAAACUGACCGCAGACAAGCAGGUGGUGUUGGUGUUGGUUCACAUGCAGCAACACGAUCAGCGACAGCAGCAGCAGCGGGAAGAGGAAGUGGAGGACAGGAAGUGACAGGAAAGGGAGCCAAGAUGAUGCUCUGGGCCGUGGUGUGUGUAUGCCUGAGCCUGGCGGCAACCUCGCAUGGAGUUCACGCACCGCACAGCCGUCUUCGUGCUGAUGAAGACGAACACAUUGGAGUGCCAGAGGCCUUGCAAUUGGUGUACCGAGUCCCGGAAUCGAAGCAGCUUGCGCUAAACCAGGACGUCGUCGAGCAGCUGAAGCAGUGGCCGCCAUGUGUCAUCCUUGGUGUCAGCGGCAGCAUCCGCACGGGCAAGUCCUUCUUUGCGAACCAGCUGCGGGGCGAACAAAAGGGCUUUCACGUCGGCCACACCGAGCUCUCGGAGACGGAGGGUCUGUGGAUCUGGGGCCAGCCACUCAAGGUCGGCGACGUGCACGUCAUGCUCAUUGACAUGGAGGGCUUUGGCGGCCUUGAUACGAACGACACGUACGAGACGCUGCUGUUCUCGCUCGUGUCGACUGUCUCCCAUAUGAUGGUCUAUCACGCGAGCGACGUGGAUCGCCUCCACAUCAGCAGCCUCGAGCGGUUUUCUCGUCGCUCCUCCUCGUUCUCGCUGCACGCGCUGAGCAAAGACCCGGAGCUGUCGGCGUGGCUUGAGAGCCCCCCUGGGGAAGACAUGCCACGCCUGGCGUGGAUUGUGUCUCGCUUCACCCGCGAGCUCACAAAGGCGCCCACAGACUGGCUGCUCGAUACCAUCAGGGCAGAGUCGUCUGCGCAUCGCGUUGCUCUCGAUCGUGUCUUCCCAAACAUCGACUGCUUCACACUCCCGCCGCCAACAGCCGCAGCCGCCGCUUACAGACUCGACGAGGUUGACUCGUCCGCGCUGACGGAGGAAUUCGUGCGCGCAAUGGACAUUGUCGGCUUCUUCCUCCAAAUCCACCUCAAGAAGGACCGGCCCGCGAACGUCACGACCGCCGCACGCGUCAUCGGGGCUCUCCUCGAGAGCGGAGACGAGCUGCCCCCCGCGCCGAACGAGUGGCUGCUGUUUGAGCAGUCGCAGGCCGCGCUCGCAAAGCAGGCAGCCAUCGAGUACUUUGACGGUCUGUUUGCGAACGUCUGUGACCGUUUUUCCACGCGGGAGGACUCGGAUGAGCCCGUCCCCAACCCAGUUCUUGCACAACACUUCACCACAGCAGCUGAACGCGCCAUGCACCACCUCAACCACACCCUCUUCGACACAUCUACAAACGUCGCCCAGGCCGCCGUUGCUGCCCUGCGCGGUGUCAUGGACGUGAAGAUUGAGAAACGUCUCAUCGAAAACUCAAAACUCGCAAAGGCACACCUGCACACGCUUGUUGAGAAGACGCUUGACAACACGGAGACGGCGAUUGCGCAAUUGCGGAAGAAGGUUCCUAUUCCCCAUCGCCGGCUGCAAGCAGAAACCCGGACACUUGUGGAGGAUGCGACGACUGUGCUCAGCGAUGCGUUUGAGCGCUACGAUGACGAUGAAUACAGCGGCAACAAACUCAAGAGCAUCAGAAAGACUCUUGAGGAUGCUGUUGUUGAAGUGACAAACGCGAACCGAAUGCACAUCACGAGCAUGUUUGAUACCGCCAUCAAUGCAGCCGUCAGCACUUUCACCGCGGGCAUCAAGGCGUACCAGCUGCCUGUCCUUCCAGAAACAUUGGAAUCCUUCCGCCAGGAGUCGUUUGAAGCGGCGCUAAACGCGUUUAACGAGCGUGCGGAUGAAAUGCUCGGCAGCGAGGGCGACAGGGAACUGCUCGAGACGGGCCUGCGCAAGUUGAAUGCGAGUGCGUCUGAAGCGUUUGCACAGCUCGAACUGCUGAAUCUUCGCAAGCUGGACAGCGCAUGCGAGGCGCUGGUCGGGCAGGCCAGGCUCAGCAGGGACAAGAUGCUUGAGCGGGUGCGUCGGGAUCUGAUGCGCCAGGACGCGCGUGUGUCGCUGAUGACCGAGCUGCGGCAACAGCUGCAUAAUCUCAUGCAUGACUCUAUCGUUGCAAACGCCCGACACUACGCAGACUCCUCCUGCGGACUGGCAUUUGAAACGCUGGAGAAUAUGCGGACAUCGCUGCGUGCCGAUUUCCUGCAGGCAUAUGAGAAGUGCAUGCAGGACAAUUUGUAUGGGCGGCUGGAGGUGCUGGUGGACCGAUUCGCCAACCCGUCAUCCUCUCCACUCACAUACCCGUUUAGAUUCUUCUUGCUCAAGACGGCGGUGAGUGAUGCGGCCAUGCAACAGCUGGCGGAUGUUGUUGAGGAUGAGUCGUUCCGUGCUGAACUCGUCAGCGAUUGGCUCUAUCAGGAGGCAAAUCCACUCUCCCCGCUCAUCAAACGCAGCUUCCAGGAUCUGGUCUGGACGAUAACGGCAAUUGGCGGUCUCGUGUUUCUCAUUCUCGCCAAGCGCUGUGCAUCAACACUCAGCCUGUAGCCAUUGCGACAAUGGUGGUGGUGGUGGUGGUGGUGGUGGUGGUGUGUAAGUGUGAUUGGUUCUCCUACUGUCGUGUGGUGCUCGCAUCUGCAGUGCACACGUGCAUUUUGUUUGCGUUUGCGGGUGUGAUGACUUGUCCUUCUCGUCGCGCCAAUGAAGCGAUGGGGCAACAACGUUGUAAUUCAUGAGAAGAGUGAACACAAGCACACCCAA